AUGAGUAAGGCCACCGCCGUGGCGGGAAUCGGGGUCAGGAAGCACACAGCCAACGCGCGAGAGAAGGAGCAGAACAAGACCAUCGAUCGGCUUCUGCAGGAGAAGCACAAGCUCGCCCAGCAGCUCGCUGAAGUGAAGCACAAGCUUCACCACCAACACGCUGAGGAGAGGUACAGGCUUCUCAAGCAGCACGCUUUCGAGAAGCGCGGGCUCGUCGACCAGCUGAUCCAGCAACACGCCAAGAACUUGAAGCUCGACAAGGAGCUAAGGCAGGCAAAGUUGGCCAUGGUGUUUAGUGAGGACAGCGCGUAG